CUUGUAAUAUCGAUCCCUUUAUUCAUUCUAUUUUUCAUUUCCACGUACUUCACAACCUCAUUACAGAAACCAUCCCAUACAACAAGGGAACCCAGCAGCUACUAGUGCUAGCCAGCCAGCCAACCUCACUCACUCGCUUGGUAUCCAAUGGAUAUUGCUUAGAAAAGCAUUCACUCUCAUUAUCAUCAUGGCGCUGCAAUAUUCGCCUACCCUGUCAGGCCCUGGCGGCUGGCCUUCUGGGGCUAUACCCACUGAGGUUUUCUGGGUGGUUGCAUCAUACCUACCAGAUCGCGAGGACAUCAAAUCAAUGCGCCUAGUCAACCGAGAAUUCAAUGGCAAGGUGUUGUGUCACUUCAUGAAACAGGUCGUCAUUAGCUUCGGUCCUGAACAGGCCAUGAAAUUCGCCGAUGGUGUAGUCGGUGGCAACAACCUAUCUUCGUUCGACAUGACAGAGAAAGUUCUGAAAUCGACCCUAUUUCAUUACUUAGCCCCGCACAUUCAGCGUUUGGGGCUCACGCUCGAGUUAAGCGAAGACGAGCUAGCUUCUCCGAAUGUUGACAACUUAGAUGAGAUAUGCCUUCGUUCUUGGGGUGUCUACAGAUGGUUUGUACCUUCCGACAAACAUCUGACUCCCCUGGAGAAGGUGACGAUGGCUCUAGAAAAGUGUCAGGGUGUUGUUCGCCUCUUAAGCAAGGUUACCAAUGUCCGCGAAUUCGCAUUAUCUUGCGAUGGAUGCCUAGGUUAUCUCCAAGGCCCUGACGUGAACCCCUUCCAGCCUCCCGGAAGACUGCCGGUAUUCGGCAACCACAACGCGGUUCGCGUUACCGAGGAUAAAUCCCUGCAGGUCAGAUUCGACAAGUCGUAUAAGCUGGAAGUUAUAGAACGCAAGUUAGCUGCCGCUGGGGUUAAAACGGCAGACAUCCCUCGCAAGAUUUCCCAGCUUCGGAAAUCUGAAGGCAUUACCCUCAAAAAUCUAGUGAAGGAGAAGCGAGAUAGAGCUCCCCUUCCUCUCAGCCGUUAUCAGCAUGAAGUUACACGUGACAAAGUGAAUGACGACCAGAUCCGCUUGCAGCCAGAUCAGCUUACUGAAUCGCAAAAGUGGUACAUGCAUCGUCAUUUAUCUACACAAGGCGCUAUGAUUCAAUCCUUCAUGAUCACGAUGCUUGAUAACAGCACCGCCUUUACAAGGUUGACCAAGCUGAACCUCGCGCGUAUUCCGAGCUUUCAUCUCGACAGUCUUUGCCGUGAUGACUUCUGGUCCUCCUUGCCACAAGUGGAGGAUGUCGCUCUGGGCGUUAUUCCUGACUGGAGAAGCUUGAAGCAGGAAAGCCAAUUCGACAUUAGCGUGAGACAGGUAUAUCCCACGGAUGCAAUUCCCAAAGUCUUCAACUUAUUGAAGAACUACAUCGGUAAGCAGCCUAACAUCGAGCGGCUCCAUUUCGAAUGGCACUGUGGUGGAGAGUUCGCCGCUGGAAUCGCGCAAAGGGGUAGAUACGUCCUACCUGCGCCUUUCAUCGCACAGCACCGAAUGGUGAUAGACUCAAGCCAGGGGAACAUUCUCAUCCUGCCGUACAUCACCCAUUUAUCUCUGAAGAAUUGUUGGUUUGCACCCAACGUAUUCUACCGCAUUAUGAAGACUAUGGCUGCGGACCGCUGUCUCGAGUCUCUUGAGCUGGAGUCGGUCUCCCUUAGUGGCUGUCCAAUCAUCCGUGGACUCAUGGCAGACAUAGAUCCGAUGCCUCAUCAGGUCACGGUUCACACCUACAGAUACGAUUAUAGUCCGCAGUUAUAUGUUCUUCGAGCUGGUUGGAAUUUCUCUUGGAGUCAUGUGAUUGACUUGUUAUCGCCUAUCAAGACUAUUUCCGAGACUGUCGGUGAGCUAUUAGGCGGAAAUGUGCUUCCUCGAACGAAGAAAGGAAACAAGAUCCAAAGACUCGUCUUCAAGUCUUGCGGGUACGUCGACGUACCCGACAAACGCUUCAUCUCGUAUCGACAUGAUGAAUUUAUAAUAUCCGAUGGGUCGCUUUUCCUAGAGAAGAUGCGGGUCUUCAACGAGAAUAACCCAAGGAUGCUCCAGAUGGAACGAUUCGUGCAGGUCUCGACCGACAGACAUCUGGCCACCGUUCGUGACUUAUUCGAUCCGAUGGAGGAGUUAGCUUUGGAGAAGGUGUAUGGACUACGUACAGGAUGGGCCGGUGUCUACGACGAGGCCAUGAUCAAGGCUGCCAAGCGAGACGGCGCCUUUUCCCCUGGCAUAGGACGCUUCUCCGGAACGAUCGAGCGCGUCCCGGAUGUCGUAUCAGCAGAUGACGAUGACUUACCCGACGUCCAGAUGAACACAGCUCCCUUUGAGCAUGGCUACGAUGACGCGAACGGUCUAAGUCGACUUCUGAAGAAUAUUGAGCAGCGCCAGAAGUAUACAGUCGAAAACUUUGGUCCUCAGUAAUGCUGAGGUACCUACCUAGUAUGUAUACAUCAAAAGUCCCGGCGUACUUUCCUCCUUUUUUCCAUAACGGCAUACUAGGAGGUACCUAUGCAUCAGGCAGGCGUUAUGGAGUCCAUGAAGGCAGGCGUCUCUCUAUUCUGCAACCAUAUGGGAAGGACCUUGAAGUGUCUUUCCA